AUGGAGAUGAUCAACAAGCGAACGCAAUUAAAUGAACUGCGUAUUUUAGCCGUUGAAAGUCGCAUGAAGACGACAAAUGAAGCCGACAAAAAUGUCGAGGACAAGCUGAAAACGUUUACAGGUACAUGCAAAUACAAAACUAUUUACUUUGGUCCAAACGACGUUAAUUUGAAGUAUGAUAUGAAUUAAUUUAGCUUCUACAAUUCGAUUCCCCGCAAGGAAGAAUAGGAAAUGACGAAAAUGGCAAAACCGCCUUAAUUGACCUGGUGUUUAUUUAUGAGCUCCAAAUGUUUGAUGAGAACUGACCAUGAACUUUUCGAUAUGAUGGAGAUCAUGAUAGGCUGUAGUCAUGCCAAAAACCCAUAUCAUUUUGGCAAGAUGAUUAGGUCAGUAUUUGUUGUACAACGGGUUCAUAAUCUCAACCCACAUACCUUAAGACUACAAAAAACAAUAUGCAAACUUAAAAAACUAAAAGUGAAGUUCAGGUUGGCAAGAUGUAUCAGUUGCUUGUGAUGCUUCUCUUUGUCAUGUAAAGAAAGGAUAUUAAUAUGACUAAAAUAUAACGUUGCAUAACCUUUGACGGUUUAUGCGGAAACAUGACUUGAUAAAAUUAUCUCAACUAUCAUUGAAAUGGGAACGUUUUAAUGGUCCUGUACGAAAUAUUCAGAGAGGAUUGUUCUAAUUGGUUAUGAGCCGAUGAAAUAAGAAAAUUAAUUUAAAAAGGUACGAUUAGGCUGCUUAGUGUUGAACAAAGUUCGUUAAUGCUUAGAUAUAUAAUUUCCAAAUCACACAUCUUAAGGAACCAGUCAUAUUUUAUCGUCUAGGGGGGGGAGGGGAGAAGGUCGGAGGUUUAUGGUUAUGCCACAAUAAAUUUUUUUCCAGCUCUUUAGUAUUUUAACUUUCUCCCAUAUUCUUGGUUUUCACCCAAGUUACUUUUGUCUUGACGGCAGUUGCUAUCCGCCAUGUUGGUGCUCAAGCAAAUGCGCUUGUAGGUAGGUGAAAGUGAAAAAGUAGAAAUGAUUCUUUGUGUAGUUUUCGGCUGUGGCACCAGAACUGAUCAGGACAAAGGAAUUGGAUUUUAUCGAAUACCAUCAGUUGUUAAAAGUUAGUCUUCCUUCGAAGAAGAAUUGAAAAUAGAGAGGAGAGAGAAUUGGACACAAUCGAUAAGUUGCGGCGACACGAUAUAAGAAAAAAGGUAAGGACAGACCGGCACGGACUCUCUUGGUGGCUUUCGAGGUUGCGUCGCAUUAUCUCCUUCAAAUUAUAUUUUUGCUCUCACAAGCAUGUCUUAAAGGAAUUUCCCUUUGGUAAGAGAUGAUCGGAGGUUUUGUAAAAUUUGUUUUCAGCAAGGGCUUAUUGUGUAUCAGACUCAAAUGCUCCAUGUUUGUUUUAAAUUUUUAACUGCCGGGUGGUACGUUAUGACAAAAGGCAAUAAACGUUCGUGACCUUUCGGCUUUUGUGUAUGUUUAAGGGCCGAUUGUCAAGAGGCAAAGUUGAUACCUGACAGAGACCUUUCUAUGAUGUUUUCUGGGUACCCUCUUGCUUUGAGGCGUUGUUUGAAUUUCAAACGGCCCUCUUCAAAUGUUUUUUCGAAGAGUUAGUUCUUAGCAAUCUUAUUGCUUCGCCUUUAAUGAAAUCAUGUUUUACGCCUGGUGGGUGGCACGAGGCGAAGUACAUAAAUUGGAAUUAAGGUCUCGGUCGGCUUGUAAUGGGUUUUGAUGUCCAAGAUGGAAUCUUUUGCAAAUCUUUCCCCUUUAAACACUGUGGUAUCGAGAAAAGUGAUUUAGAGGAUCGUUCACCCGCUGCGAAUGUCUCUCCUUCGCUACAACAACAAUCUUGUUUACACUAUCUGCUCCUUGAACUGAUGUUACGACGUCAGACACUAUUUGGUUCUACGCUUCAAGACUUUUGAAUGUUUUAAAUUGUUUAUUUGUCAGGAAUAACUUGUCUUCAGAACAAAAAUAGGAAAGAAGGUGCGAGACUUCUAUCGACGGCAGACGUUCUGCUUGGAAUGGCUACUGGAUCGAUACCAAUCACAAAAAAUUUUCUUAAGUUAUCGCUCUCGAAUGUGGCUUUCUAGGCCCUCCGCAUAGUUCGAAAGCACAGGUAUUCUAAGGAGAAUAUUCUCUUGUGAUUCUGGAUUUUUUUCACCAGAAAUAUUCAUAAAACAAAGUAUUUGAGAGAGGGCACUGUAGAGAUGGCAAUAUAUUUGCACACCUGAGGUGGGCACCAACAUGGUGGACGCUUAAUUUGCAUAGAUGUAUGACCGUCAAUUUUCUACAGCCCCCCUUUACAUUCUGUUAGUGACCACUGAUUCUCCCCUCUGUUCCCGAUGAAAACCACGUGAUUCCCACAAAAUACCCCGAUCCCAACCCCUUGCGACCAAUAAUGACUGGCCAAGAGAUUUGUCCUUUGUGACUUACCAAAUGGUCUUUUUGCAUUAAAGACGAGAAUGUUUAAUGCAGAAUUAAAUUGCUUUAAAACAAAUAGUGAAGCUCCCGCACCCCAGGAUAAAUUUUUUUUUUUCCAAAAAUACUUAAAACCCCUUGACCAUUUUUUUCCACUUGUUUCACACAAAUAUUUCGAAAGUGUUAUGAGAAAACAUCCAGCGGAUCAUCGCAAAAGAGAGAAAAGAAAUAUUGCUCCAAAUCCAACGGCAGGAACUGUAACUUUACAACAAAUCCACCAAGAAAUAAACAACAAGUUCAUUGAAGUUUGUAACUUCUCAGACAGAAUAUGCCAGGCAGGACCCCCGAGACCCGCAGGAGCCCUUGGGUAUCCCGGAUAUAAGGGAGAAAAAGGGGCCUCUGGAAAGGUAGGACCACCAGGCCCAUCGGGGCCUAUUGGGGCUCCAGGCGUGGGUGGCAAAAGAGGACCUGUGGGACCUCAAGGAGUAAAGGGCGACAAAGGCGACGAAGGAUCUGUUGGAGCUCCUGGAAUUAAAGGAGAUACUGGAGCGAAGGGUCGUCACGGACAAAAGGGGUCUAUUGGCUUAAAAGGGAACAAAGGCAUCAGAGGAUUGGUUGGUAUUCAGGGACCAAAGGGAGAAUGUGUUGUUCCACCGAAGAUCAUUGUGUCUUUAUCAACGAGACAGCAAUAUUCUUCUGUUGGGUUCAAGGCCAGACGUCGUCCAAAAUAACAUGGAGUAAGCUCGGAGGCACUCUAUCUGAUGCUACCGCGAAAGACGGUGCGCUUCGAAUCAACAGCGUUCAAAGGUCACAUGUGGGGUCGCAGGCAGUUUACUCGUAAAAGGUAGAAUCUUUAACUUUAAAUACUUUCCAGCCUUGUAUUCAAAAAUUUAGGUAGUCAGCGUCUGCAACUCUCAAGUCAUGUGUCAUAGCCUGAGUCACCUCUCCUGACGCGCAAGACAAAGAAUAAAACUGAAGGGAAUGUAAAAAUUUCUCAAUCGAAUACUACUACCCAAUCUGAUCCUUGCGACAAAAACAUUAUUCCUAAAUUAUAUUUUUAUUUCAUUUUUCAUGUGAUUUUAUCAUCUAUUAGAGGAAAGUGAAAUUAAAGUGAACUUCUAAUACUACCGAGUGUAAUCCUUUUUGCGAGACGCUUACUUUUUCCUAUUGCUUUUCCUUCAAAUUGAUAAUCUGCGCGCGACAAAAUUUUCAAUUUUCAAAAACCUACGCAAACUGCAUAUAUCUGAGAUUAUUCGUGGUCUCCUAUUUUGUUUGUUAACUUGAUGAUCUUCGUUUUGUUUAGAGGUACCACAGUUUACUAACAAACCUCCACCGAAGGUCGUUGUAGAACAAGGAACAACUGUAACCCUCUGCUGCGUGGCCACAGGCUUCCCUCGUCCUUAA